AUGGUGCUGGCGUUUGUGGUCGGAGUCCUGUGCGUGUGUGGCCGCUUAACCGUCGCGAACCCGGAAGCGAAGCGGCUCUACGACGAUCUCUUGUCGAACUACAACCGGCUCAUCCGACCGGUUGGCAACAACUCAGAUCGCCUAACCGUCAAGAUGGGGCUUCGACUAAGUCAGCUCAUCGACGUUGUGAGUACCACCAACAUUAUUAUUACUAUAGCUAGUUAG